AUGUACUUUUUUUUCUUUCAUUUUUCUUCUUUUUCCUUCAUAUUUAGGGCAGUUUUUCAUUCUUUGGCUCGUUUGUUCUUCUCCUUCUUAUAUCAUUUAUUUAUUUCGUUUUUUUUUCUUUUUGUUCAUUUAUUCAUUGUUUCAUUUCUACGAUCUUCGUUUUUCAUUCCUUUUAGUUCCAUUUCUUUAUUUUUCGUGUUUUUUUUUCUUCUAUUUUUUAAUUCAUUUGUUUUUUGUUCUUUCUCUCUCACCUAUAUCGGUUAUUUUGUUUCUUUCCUUCUUUCUUCUCUAAAUACCUUAUCCAAAAUUUCUCCCUUUUCUUACACCCUUUUUUUUCUGGAAUACCCACUCUCUCUCGUUCAUGCUCUUUCACCUAACCCCCUUCCCACCUCUUUUCUCCUCUUCCACACGUCGUUUGUUUACACUUUCUCUUCCUCUGUUGGGAUAUCUCUCCGGACACCUUCGUAUCGCAAAUACAUUGGUGACAGCUGCGAGUUAAUCGGAGAUUCUGCUUUCGUGCUUCGUAAUUCUGUCCUCAGGCCACCAAGAAAUAUGUCAAUAUUUUUCUUGGCUUUCCACGGGGCACUGAUUGAGGCUGCAGCUUCGGGCAUUGCGCCUCCACGCGCCAUACUUUACAGUCUAUCCGAAUAG